AUGAAAGUUUCUUUUCUCUUGCUGCACUAUCCAGUUGAAGUGGAUAUUGACGACAAGGAUAAUGCGGGUUUCCUGACAAGUCCUGUGACACCAGGAGGAAAGGGCAAGAGACCUGUAGUUGGGUUUGAGGUUGAUAUAAAAGCUAUAGAUGCUACGAUGUCCAUCUACUAUGAGAGUGGUCCAUUGGAAAUUUUUCGCAAUUGCCCUGACAUUAAAAAGAAAAUUGAGAUCCCUAAAGAAAACUGGGAUCCUAUUUCUGUUACAGAAUCAAUCAGAGACUAUAGCAAGCAAAAUUCUUUAAAAAUGAAGAAUGGAGAACACAUAGGAAAAACAACCAGUUAUAAUGCCAACAUAAACAAUACGAAAAAGACAUUCCUUGAAAACUUAAGAAAAUUCCCUUAUGGUGAAAAGAUAAGAGUAUGCUAUGGAAUGCUUUCAGACAGUUUGCCUUAUCACAAUGAGGAGGUGAAUCUGAUGCAGUCAAACAACAUAGGAAAGGUGAGAUUAUACUUUGCAAGUCAGGACGCCCUGCAGGCCCUGAAGAAUUCUGGAAUCGAAGUGAUUGUGGGAGUUCGCAACGCUGAGCUUCAGACGAUUGCAGAUGACCAGGAUGUAGCGAACAUAUGGGUGAAUGACAACAUUAAACAAUUCCAUCCUUCUGUCAACAUCAAAUACAUUGCAGUGGGAAACGAGGUGUUUUUAAAUAGAACACUCAUUUUGUAUCUCCUGCCUGCAAUGGAAAACAUUCAGAGGGCAUUGAGGAAGGCUGAUCUGCAGAACAACAUCAAGGUCUCCACACCAUACCCAACGUCCGUGUUGAACAACUCAUUUCCUCCGUCUGAGGGAACAUUUGGUGAGGAUAUGAGUGCUAUCCUUAACUUUCUAUCAGAUAAUGGCUCCCCUUUCAUGGCCCACGUCUAUCCAUACUUCAGCUACAAAAACUCCGCAGGUUCAACUUCUGCAGACUAUUCGCUGUUUAGAUCGACAAGUACUGUGGUGACUGAAGGCAAUUUAAUGUAUAACAACUUGUUCGACGUUUUUGUGGACGCUUUUAUAUCUGCUAUGGAAAAGCUGGGACAUUCCAAUAUUCCAAUUGUAAUAACUGAAAGUGGGUGGCCCACUGCAGGCAAUGCCGUGGCUACUGUGGACAAUGCCCGAACUUACAACAACAAUCUCAUCAAGCAUGUUUUGUCAAAUGCAGGAACACCAAAGAGACCUGGAACGACAAUUGAGACAUAUAUUUUUACACUGUUCAAUGAGAAUCAGAAGACUGGGGCUGAGGCGCGCCAUUUUGGUCUGUUUGAUACCACUAAAAUUCCUGUCUACCCUAUGGACUUCCUAGCUGAAAGUUCUGUUUACCCUCCGCUCAGCUCACCUGAAAGGAGGCCAAAGGUAGAAGAAGAAUGCAGGUCUGAAGACAAGGCCUCUAAUUGCAGAAAGAGAAAGACAGCUAUAGAAGGAGAUCUAGCCGCUACCACAGAAGGUGAUUCAUUGGAGUGCAAAAAUGUUGAAGAAAAAGUAGAAAUGCUGCAGAAAAUAGAGACUAAGAAGCUGCAACUUAAAGGAUGGAAUCACAG